AUUUUAGUUUUAUUGUUCGUUUUUGAUUAAUUUUCCUUAAUUUUUUUAGUAAGAGGCGGUGGUUCCGAACUGAUUUUGUUUUAUUUACCCCCAAAACAAGAGGGCGGCGCCAUUUCUCCUCAAAGAUUAUUAAUCUUUUUGGAGUUUUGGGGGGGAUUUUGUGUGUUUUUUGUGAAUCGAUUAAAACGAGGAGAGACGAAGGAGAUCGACAAUGGCGGAUAGAGAAGACGCGAAUACUUACAUGGAGGUUUCGCCGCCGGAUUCCGGCGAUGUCGAGGCUGGCCAUCUACCCCAAUUUGAGGACGAUGAUGAUGAUGAGGAAUUUAAGGAUAAUCCUUUUGAUAUUGCGAACACUAAAAAUGCUCCUCAUGAAUCUCUCCGGCGAUGGAGGCAAGCAGCACUUGUGCUCAAUGCCUGUCGACGAUUUCGCUACACCCUUGAUUUAAAGAGGGAUGAAGAUAAAGAGCAGAGGAGGAGAAUGAUAAGAGCCCAUGCACAAGUAGUGAGAGCAGCAAUGCUUUUUAAAUUAGCUGGGGAAAGAGAUAUUGGGCUAGGCCCUUUAGAGCCACCUCCAAUUGCAACCGGUGAUUUUGGAAUCGGACUUGAACAACUUACUGCAAUGACUAGGAAUAACAACUUUACAAGUCUAGAACAAUAUGGGGGUGUUAAAGGACUAGAAGCUAAGCUUAGUACUAACUUAGAAACAGGAGCCCCAGGGGAUGUUGAUGAUAUUUUAAAGAGAAAGAAUACGUUUGGAUCAAAUACAUACCCUACCAAAAAAGGAAAGUGUUUCUUGUCUUUUCUGUGGGAGUCUUUGCAAGAUGUGACCCUAACCAUCUUGAUCGUAGCUGCAGUUGUAUCAUUAGCAUUAGGGAUAAAAACUGAGGGUAUUAAGGAAGGAUGGUAUGACGGAGGAAGCAUUGUUUUUGCAGUGUUGCUUGUUAUAUUUGUUACCGCCACAAGUGAUUAUCGACAAUCUCUUCAGUUUCAAAAUUUAAAUGCAGAGAAAAGGAAUAUACAGCUAGAAGUGAUCAGAGAUGGAAGAAGGGAGAAGAUUUCUAUUUACGAUGUUGUCGUUGGUGAUCUCGUGCCUCUAAAAAUCGGUGACCAGGUCCCAGCUGAUGGAAUAUUCACAUCUGGUCAUUCUUUGGCAAUUGAUGAAUCUAGCAUGACCGGAGAAAGCAAGAUUGUUCACAAGGAUAAAAAGUCACCUUUUCUUUUAGCUGGUUGUAAAGUUGCUGAUGGAUUUGGAAAUAUGGUGGUAACCGGCGUUGGGAUUAAUACUGAGUGGGGGUUAUUGAUGGCAAGUAUCUCUGAGGACACUGGUGAAGAAACCCCUUUACAGGUGCGAUUGAAUGGAGUGGCAACAUUCAUUGGUAUUGUGGGGCUCUCGGUUGCUUUUGCUGUGCUGGUCAUUCUGCUAACACGAUAUUUUACUGGUCACUCUUACUAUCCUGAUGGUCGAGUGCAAUAUAUCCACGGAAAAACUAGCGUCAGUAAAUUAGUGGAUGGAGUUAUAGGAUUGAUUACCAUUGCGGUUACUAUUGUAGUUGUUGCAGUACCGGAAGGACUCCCCUUAGCUGUUACAUUAACUCUAGCAUACUCUAUGCGCAAAAUGAUGGCAGAUAAAGCUCUGGUGCGAAGGCUUUCCGCUUGUGAAACAAUGGGUUCUGCAACCACUAUUUGCAGUGAUAAAACUGGAACAUUGACGUUGAAUCAGAUGACUGUGGUUGAAGCCUAUGCUGGAAAAAAGAAUUUGAGUCCAGCAAGUGAUGCUACCCAGAUGCAUACGAAUCAGUCCACCCUUAUAAUCGAAGGUGUUGCUCUUAAUACCACUGGUAGUGUUUUUGUCCCUAAGGAUGGUGGCGAUGCUGAAGUUUCUGGAUCUCCUACCGAAAAGGCUAUCUUGUCCUGGGGAAUUCAGGUAGGCAUGAAGUUUGAUUCUGUGAGAUCAGAAGCCAUCAUCCUCCAUGUUUGCCCUUUUAAUUCGGAGAAAAAGAGAGGUGGAGUUGCAUUGCAGCUGUCUAACUCAGAUGUACAUAUUCAUUGGAAAGGAGCUGCUGAGAUGGUUCUUGCUUCAUGCACACAGUUUCUCGAUGUCGAUGCUUCCGUCAAACCUAUUACUUCUAAAAUGUCAUAUUUUAGAGGAGUCAUUGACGACAUGGCAGCAAAAAGUCUUCGAUGUGUAGCCUUUGCGUAUAGACCCUACGAUAGAAAUUCCGUUCCAACCACCAACGAGGAGGUGUUAGCAGAAUGGAAUCUACCUGAGGAGGAUUUGAUUUUGUUAGCCAUUGUUGGCAUAAAGGAUCCUUGUCGACCUGGUGUAGAUGAAGCUGUGAGACUCUGUGCCGCUGCUGGAGUGAAGGUUCGUAUGGUAACUGGCGAUAACAUUCAAACAGCAAAAGCAAUUGCUUUAGAGUGUGGAAUUCUUCCUCCGAACGCUGACGUCACAGAACCGACUGUCAUUGAAGGGAGUGUAUUCCGUGCACUGUCUGAAAAAGAAAGAGAAGACGUUGCCAAGAAAAUAAUCGUGAUGGGAAGGUCGUCCCCAAAUGACAAACUGUUGCUCGUGCAAGCUUUACGUAAGGGAGGAGACGUUGUAGCUGUUACAGGAGAUGGCACUAAUGAUGCUCCCGCGCUUCAUGAGGCAGAUAUUGGUCUUUCCAUGGGAAUUUCUGGAACAGAAGUGGCUAAAGAGAGCUCGGACAUCAUUAUCUUGGACGACAAUUUUGCUUCAGUUGUCAAGGUUGUGCGCUGGGGACGUUCUGUGUACGCAAACAUUCAGAAAUUUAUACAGUUUCAGCUUACAGUAAAUGUGGCAGCUCUUAUAAUUAAUGUUAUUGCUGCUGUCUCAUCCGGCAAUACUCCUCUAAAUGCAGUACAACUUUUGUGGGUGAAUCUCAUCAUGGAUACUUUGGGAGCACUAGCACUAGCCACUGAACCACCGACUAACCAGCUCAUGCGUAGAGCUCCCAUUGGCAGAAGGGAACCUCUUGUUACCAAUAUCAUGUGGAGGAAUCUAAUCGUUCAGGCACUAUAUCAAGUCGCUAUACUCCUUAUUUUCAACUUCGGUGGCAGCAGUUUUGCCAUAUUUAAAGAAGGCGAUAAUGAGCAUCAGCAUAAGCUGAAGAACACAUUGAUUUUCAAUGCUUUUGUUCUGUGUCAACUAUUCAACGAGUUUAAUGCUCGAAAACCAGAGGAAAUGAAUGUGUUUAAAGGUGUAACGAGCAAUCGACUUUUCAUGGGAAUAAUUGCUGUUACGCUCAUACUCCAGAUCGUCAUCAUCGAGUUUCUUGGGAAGUUCACAUCAACUGUUCAACUGAACUGGAAACUUUGGCUAAUUUCAAUCGCCGUUGGCAUGUUCAGUUGGCCUCUGGCUGCAAUCGGAAAGUUCAUACCAGUUCCAAAGACACCCUUGUCCAAAAUGUUAAGGAAGCCAUUCCAACGAUGUAUAACUGCACGUACUAAUGCAUAAACAUAUUAUGACAAACAUUUAAGAGCCAAACAUGCAUAAGCUUCCGCCCUCAUGCAGGUGAUCCCUUGUUACCUAAAGUCGAGUGCCAUUGUUUUGGGCAAUCUUCAUUUGGAAGAAGACCAGCUAAACUCAUGCUUACUACACUACUAAGCAUUCUUUUAGAAAUAUUAGUUGGGAUUAUUACCGACUAUAUUUGUAAAGGAACCGUGCUGACAAAACGAUAAAAUGUAAAUGAAAAUGAGGCAGUAGAGAUGAUAUAGCUUUUUUUGCUUGAAUUUUGUAAGGGUCAUUAGAUGCCAACUUUUUUCCGGACAAAGUAACAAUUCGCUGACUAAUUCGUUUUUUGAAUUCACAAU